AUGUCGUCGUCUUCAAGCGGUAACUUGAGAUUGUGUGGAUGUGGUGAUACGGUUGGAAUGUGGAUGACAUGGACGAGAAAGAAUCCUGUUCGGAGGUUCAUUGGUUGCACAAACUACAAUGAUGAAUACAUAAAUUAUGGGCUUUUUCGUUGGAUUGACCCACAACACCCGAACAAGUGGUAUAGAGAGAAGAUGUACGAAUUGAGAGCUCAAGCCAAUGGUGAACAUAUCAUUUUUGAUGCCCCCAACGCUCCUAUCAAUUUUCAUGUCAAUAAAGCCCCGCCUCAAGUUGUUAUUCAAGAUACUAAUGAACAUGUUAAUGGCUCUCGAGUUGAAGGUGGUCAAGUUGGAAUUAUCAAGUUCAAGAUGAUGUGUUUGGUUUGUUUCUUUGUUGGGAUGUUGUAUGCUUAA